AUGGGCCAGACAGCAGGAACCAGACAACAGGAGCCAGAAAGCAGGAGCCAAACAGCGGGAGCUAGACAACAGCCAGCUAGCAGGAUCAAGAAAACAGGAGCCAAACAGCAGGAGCUAGAAAGCAGGGGCCAGAAAGAGCCAGAAAGGAGAGCCAGACAGAAGGAGCAAGAAAGCAGGGUCAGACAGCAGGAACAGCAGGAGCCAGAAAAAAGGAGAGCCAGACAGAAGGAGCAAGAAAGCAGGGUCAGACAGCAGGAGCCAGACAGCAGGAGCCAGAACGUACGAGCCAAACAGGAGCCAGAUAGCAGAGCCAGACUGCAGGUGCUAGACAGCAGGAGCCAAACAGCAGGAACUAUAAAACAGGAGCCAGACAGCAGGAGCCAGAAAACAGGAGCCAGACAACAGGAACCAGACAACAGGGGCGAGAAACCAGGAGCCAGACAGCGGGAGCUAGACAGGAGCCAGACAACAGGAGCCAGCCAGACAGCAGAACCAGACAGAGCCAGAAAGGAGAGCCAGACAGAAGGAGCAAGAAAGCAGGGUCAGUUAGCGGAGCCAGACAGCAGGAGCCAGAACGUUCGAGCCAAACAGGAGCCAGAUAGCAGAGCCAGACUGCAGGUGCUAGACAGCAGGAGCCAAACAGCAGGAACCAGACAACAAGGGCGAGAAACCAGGAGCCAGACAGCGGGAGCUAGACAGGAGCCAGACAACAGGAGCCAGUCAGACAGCAGAACCAGACAGCAGGAGCUAGACAGCAAAAGCCAGACAACAGAACCAGACAGCAGUAGCCAGAAAGCAGGAGCCAGACAGCAGGAGCUAGAAAGCAGGGCCCAGCAAUCAGGAGCCAGACAUCAGGAGGCAGACAGCAGGGGACAGGAAGGAGCAGCCAGACAGAAUAGCCACACAGCAGAAGCCAGAAAACAGCAAGUGCUAGACAGCAGGAGUCAAACAGCAGGAGCAAAACAGGAGCCAGACAGCAGGAGCCAGAAAACAGGAGCCAGACAACAGGAACCAGACAACAGGGGCGAGAAACCAGGAGCCAGACAGCGGGAGCUAGACAGGAGCCAGACAACAGGAGCCAGCCAGACAGCAGAACCAGACAGCAGGAGCUAG